GGAGGAGGAGGAGGGUCCACCGCGGGAGGAGGAGGAGCAACUACCCCUGCUGCCAGCCCUCCUGCCCGCAGGGCCCCCUGAAGACAGCCAAUCAUUUACCUCAGCACUAUGUUUUAUAUGAACUGAUUAUCUAUACAAUUCUGUUAUCAAUUAAUAUAAACAUUAUUAUUAUCAAUUAAUAUGAAAACGUGUGUGCUCUGUCUUUGUUGUUUCUACACAGUUGUGUCCCCCUGGCUGGCGGGGAGCGCUCAGCACUGCACAGCAACAGUGGAUCGGCCGGGUGCUCUUUACGUGGAAAAACAACAAAGCGGAGGUUCGGCCAGAUCUCCAGCUCUGGUACGAGCCUCCGCAGCCCCGGCCGAUCUACAGCCAGCCACCCGCAUCGCCAGAACCCUUCUUCGCUUGUCGACUGUUCCUCUGGAUGCCCGUUCGCUUAUGGGCAUUCAAGCUGACAUGCCCCCAGCCUGCCUGCCAAGGCAAACUGCACAAGGCUGGGGUGUACACCAAGACCAUCCGGAAGGUCUUAGACAUCGAUGCCUGGUAUCUCAUGGCCACUGAGUACCUGGCAUGCUCUCGGUGUACGAAGAGGGUUGUGGCAUGGUCACAGGGCAUAGUAAGGCAGCUGGAUGCAGCCCACCGCUGCCUAUUCCCAGCCAUCCUCACAUACAAGUAAGCGGAACACUCCGGAAACCAGUUUUUUCAAUGCUUAAUAUUGUAUAAGUGCCUCCACCCCAGCUGAUUUACGUGGACCGGGACUGUUGCUCCAGCGGAUCCAAGACAGCUGCCUUGUUUGCCAACUCUGACUGGCGGUUCGGCUGGACAUCUGGCACCUGAUGCGGCGGUUCGCAGCAGGUGUCACCACAGAGAGCCACCAGCUCUACGGUCCCUUCAUGAGGCAGCUGUCUAGCUGCAUCUUUGAGUGGGAUGCAGCGGACGUCCGUCGAUUGCUGGAGGGUAAGCGGUCCCAGCUGGAGGUGGAGCAGGGGAUGGUCGGCCUGACCGAUGGGGAGGUCUUCAGCCAGGUAUCCAAGAAGGCGAUGGGCCGCCACUGCCAUCGCCGCACAUGUGGAGCGGCGGAGACGGAACUGCGGCUCAUCGACCUGCUGGAGGCCUUCAGCGGUGAAAAAGGACACGACACCCUGGGCAUCCCCCUUUUGGACGGCAGCCGCAUCCAGGCGAUCUGGCGAGAGCAGAGGCGUCACCUCCGCUGCAUACAAGAUCCACCCGGUGUACAGCUGUACACCGAGACCGGCAGGCUGACCAAGGGCAGCGUCAGUCUGCCGGUUUAUCGCUGCGCACGCGGUUCAACGUCGCUGGAGUCGUUCCACCUCCACAUCAACCGGUUCAUCCCAGGAACAUCAGCAAACGCCCAUCAUUUCCAGGCGCUCCUGCUGGAUGGACUGGUGAGGUGGAACGAGAACUGCGCCGCAGCAGCAGUGGAGGGACGGGAGCAGCCUCUGCUCUCCUACAGUGGCCACCUGCAGCACUCCCUUAACCAGCUCAGCCAACGGGUGCUUGGUGUGAGUCUGGUUAAGGAUCACACCGCCCCAAGGGAGUGCACAGGUGAACUCCUGGGGGUGGAGUACCUGUACUCCCAGACGGGCAGAGUGCUGCAGGACACCAGCGUGGACCCUGACAUUCCGGACGAGGAACCCGCCAUCCAGGAGCUCAACGUGGAGGACGAGGGCUUUGAAGAGGCAGGCGACGAUGAGGAUGACCCAACCGUCCACGUCGUCUUGCCUCUGCCCGACGCCUCGUCCUCCAGCACAGCAGUGGUGGCAACUCGGUCAGGCGUUCACACUGGUGCACCCGGGUCAGGGCCAUCCGUUCCGGGCGCCCCCCCUGACAGCAACAACCCUCCUGAGGCCCCGGAGUUAGAGGUUGACGCACCUCUGAACUCCUCUUCAGACACUGAGGAGUGCAAAGGACCCGAUGGUCAGCCUGGCUAUCAACACAUUUGCAGGCUGGCCACGGCCUUGGUAGAGGUGCGUCACCUUCCGGGGCUGAGUGAGAGCAGGGUAGACCGCCUGGUGGAGCUGUGGCAGGCUCAACCAGAGCCAGACAAACGGCAUCUGGUCCACCCUGCGCGACACUAGGAGAGGUUGGUCAGGGGGAGGUUCAAGGCAACCAAGUCUCCCGGUGUGGCAGGCAGGGAUUCACUCAAGCGUUGCCUGCUCGGAACCGCCUCGGGUCCUGCAAGCUGGCCAAGCACGAGUCGCCUUGUGGAGGCCGUUUGCAGCCAGCUCUGCCGUCUCAAUCCAUCGGCCACGCAGUCCGCCGGGGUCAAAAGGACCAGGUGGUCCCUCGUUAUGGCGGACUAUGUGGCCAUCAGAGACGCAGUGCUGGACAACCCGAGGCUGAUGGCCCAGACCAACCUACAGCUCUUUGAGCUCAAUCAGCGGACCUUAUCACAAUGGUACUGCGUGCGUCAGAAGGAGAGGGAGAGUGCCAUCCUCCUACAAGACUUGGCCCCCCCUGCUCCGGGUCCAAGUCUUGCUGCCCAGCCUCUCCCUGCUACCAGGCCCCUCCAGUACCAGCAGGAGGGACACUGGCAGCCCUUCCCCUUUGAGACGCCGCAGGACCUCACACGCCAGGCUACCCAACAGCGACGGCCCGCCCCAGUGCCCAUUCUGCCAGCCCAGCCACCAGCCUCAACCGCCAGCCUCAACCGCUCUGUCCCAGGACAAUGUCGGUGAACCCCCCCACCCUCCUCCUCCAGAGACAGUCCCACGUACCACUGCCUGGAGGAAACGACAGAUGGAGGCGGGUGGCACCGACCAGCCCCGGAAGGCCCCAAGACAAUUCCUGUGCAGCAAGUGUGGGCUGCCAAAGAGGAAAGACACAGGACACACCCAGUUUGGCGGCACCCACUUCUGCUCUGUGGCCUCUGGAGGGAAGAGCGUUGAGGUGUGGCUGGCAGAACAGAGAGACGCUACUAAGGGGGCAAAGUGACAGAGACACUGAGCAUCCUGUUGGGUAAGUGGGACGUUUGCUUGUAUAUAGUUCCACGUUCUGGUUCACCUCUAUAAGAACCAAGACCUUGGCGAGGUAUAGAGACUUGUGUGUGUCGAAGACCCUCAGAGCUAGGUUGUCUGUAGUCUUAGGACUACUGGCAGGGACUCCCAUGGCAAACAGGUCUGAGGUGAGACACCAGACAAACAUUGGUUCAAUGCAUUCAAUAAAUUCAGGACAAGGACUGAAUGAAUACACUGUUCAGUGACUGUUCAGUGCACCACUCCCUGCAGCCAUGCAGCUACUUCAGUCUGCAGAGCAGCCAGACAACCCCCGUCCCUAUGUCGAAUCUGAGGAUACGUCCGGUCAGGCAGAACGGAGGGGGGGUCAGCAGCCUCCUCAGGUCGAGGUCCAGGCUGAAUCGGCCGUUUGAAGACAACAGCCUGCCGGAGGAAAAAGAAGACGGACAUGGCCACGUCCAAUGUCACGCAGGGUACAACUCCUACUACAAAGAAGGAGAGGAGUUUCAUCAAGUUCACCUGCGAGCUCUGUGGUCAGCCAAAGACCAAGGAGUUUGGCCACAGCCGCUUUCGGUCAGAAAACUUCUGCUCGUCCACAGCUGGGUGCUCGGUCGAAGAGUGGCUGGCCGAGAAGAGGGCAAAACCGUAGCUGUUCGACACUGCACUACCAGCACACAGGCACCAAGCCCUACCCGCAGCAUGCAGGCAACAAGCUCUGCCCGCAGCAAGGCCCAACCAGCCAGCCCUGCAACAACUUCAGAAGGACAAGACAGGCAGUACACUUAUCCUUCUUAAUGUGGCUUGUCACUGACUGAAGUGCCUACGUAUCUAUCUAUUCUUCCUAUGAACCCAGUUAUGACUGCUUUAAACAAG